AUGCCCCAAGGCCAUGGGACAAGACUGUCCCGCCCCUCCAGUACCAGCAUAAAAGCCGAGCCCAGAGCCUCUCUCCCUCACACACUUCUCCUGAAGCGUUUUCCUCCUGCUCCUGCUGACUACCAGGCUACACCCAUGGCCUGCAACAGCCUCUGCCGUCCCUGCGGACCCACCCCACUGGCCAACAGCUGCAACGAGCCCUGUGCCCUGCAAUGCCAGGAUUCCCGUGUUGUUAUCCAGCCUUCCCCUGUGCUGGUCACCCUGCCAGGACCCAUCAUGAGCUCCUUCCCCCAGAACACCGCCGUCGGAUCCACCUCCUCGGCUGCCGUGGGCACUGAGCUCAGUGUGCAGGGACAGCCCAUCUCUGGUGGCUUUGGUGGUUUUGGCUCUGGCCUUGGCUAUGGCCGUGGAUUUGGAAUUGGGCUGGGAGGCCUGGACUGCUAUGGCAGAAGGGGCUAUGGCUCCAUCUGCUAAGAUGCCAACCUCCGCACCACCCCUGACACCAACCACCCACUCCCUGGAACUCAUCUCAGGCAUUGAGGACGCAUCUCUAGGACAAGAUUUUCAAGCGGACUCAGCACUUCCAGCUCCUGCUCUCAGGCCACCAAGCAAGGCAGUUGCCAAGGGCCUUGCCUGGGCUGUCCCCAAACAUGGCCCAUCUGCCUCCUGCUCUUCUCCUGCUCCCUGCUCUGCAUCGCCACUUCGGCUCUGUCCAGCCCCCUCUGGGCAAACCCCUUCUCCCAUGCCAGAGACCAUCAGGCCCCUCUGCUGGGCUGCUCCCCUGGCAGGGCAGGAAGGACUCGAUGCUCUGGCCAGACCUGGCCAAAGAAAAGGACCUUGGCUGAUGGUCACUCUACUUGCACCUCAGACCAGCUCCCUUCCACUGGCUGCUCCUGAGUUUUCGCUCUGCUACCUCAAUAAAGAUUUCUUGCAUCACUA